ACUUGAGACUGCUUCGCCCUGACAGCAGCUCCCCUGGACUCGGCCGCGUUCCUUCCCAGCCUCCUGCCCCUCACGGCCCGCAACAAUGGCUGUGAGGUGGGAGUGGGCGUCACAAUGGGCGAGAAAAUGUGGGCAGAGGCAGAAAGAUGGGCGCCGUGUCCACGACGGCAGCAGGCGGCGCUCCGGGGAAGCGCAAGAGCUUUGCCGCCCGCGAUCCUGGACUAUGGUUGGCGGUGGCUUUCGUUCUGGGCCCGUGGACGCGGAUGGCAUCUUGUUCUUUAACAAUCGAUAUCACAGCUAAUGAAGAAGUGUCCUCACCAACACAACUCAUUGUGGGGAUUGGGGCAGAUGUAAUGCUUCCAUGCACAUUCAGGUCAUCAGAGGAAAUCACCAGUGCAACAUCUGUUACGUGGAGCUUUCAACCAGAGGGAUCAAAGGCUCGUCCCAUACCAUUUUUCUAUUACUCAAACGGGAGGGAAUAUAAUGGAAAGAAUACACAAUUCAACGGCCGAAGUACCUGGGCUGGAGAUUUUUAUGCAAAGGAUGCUUCUAUCAAGGUAGCAAACAUGCAACCUAUAGACAAUGGGACUUACUUCUGUGAUGUUAAGAACCCACCAGACAUAGUCACUGAGCCAGAGCAAGUUGGAGUUAGAGUUUUGGAGUUAGAGAAAAUAUUGGGCCCUGGAAGAGCAGCACCAACCCCUGCAAGUACCACAACUGCAAUGGCAACCACAGCCUCUGGAAACAUUUCACUUAAUGGAGUAUCAUUUUGGCUACUUGUCCUUCAAUUCUGCUGCAUUCUAGCAUCUUUUCAGAGCUAUUUGUUCUGAAAAUAAA